AAGAGGAAGUCAAACGCCCCGUUAAGCAAAGAGGAAGUCAAGACUUGGGAAACCAGAAGGAAAUUAGGAAGGAGACCAACAAUGGUGACAGGCGAAAGCUACGCCAUGCUGUGCUUUUGGAGCUCCGACCUCUUUCAUUUAUGGCGGUCUUACUCUUACGGGAUAAAGAUUCAUCCUCCUGAAAACCUGCUCAUUUCUAACCUCUUUUCUCAACACAGGAAUCACAGAGGUGAAGCACGGGACAGCGUCGGAGGUGAGGAUUCAGCUCUAUGAGAAAGUUUUUGCGUAGCCCGUUUGUUUCCUGGAGUCGACGACCCCAUGAGCGUCGCAUUGUAACAGGUGGGGUAGAGAUUUCUCUGUUAAACAGCCUUUUCCUUUUAUCGUCACUGGAAAACUUAAAUUCUGAACUGGUUCGUAAGUAUUAUCGGGAGGCUGAAGAUGUACUGAAGAUUUUAAAGCCAAUUCUCAAUGGCAUUGUUCAUACUCAAAUUGCUUCUGAUAGGCUGCUUCAAAAUGUGUUUUCCGAAUUGGGUCGUGCAAUUGAUGAGCUGAUUGAGCUAUUUGAAACCUGGCAACCGUGGAGCAGCAAAAUUUAUUUUGUCCUGCAAGUUGAAUCUCUGAUUGCAAAAGUUCAAAGUUGCAGCCUGAAAAUUCUUCAGCUACUCAUAUCUUCUUAUAGGUGCCUCCCAGGUGAAUCAAGUUUAAGGUUGCUUGAGGUAGGAUAUCUGGAGCACUAUGUGCUGGAAAUCAAGUCUAUUGAUUAUGAACUCUUAUCAACAACCAUCUCUGAGACUAUAAAGGAUCAAGUGGAAAGUUCUGGGGUGAGCUCAGAUAGCCUGGAGAAAAUUGCUGAUCGCCUGUGCUUAAAGUCAAACCAGGAUCUUCUUAUGGAGAUAUUAGCCCUUGAAAAAUUGAAGGAAAAUUCUGAACAAGAUGAAAAGAGUGAAGAAGUUGAACACAUUGAACAGAUUAUUGUUCUUGUUACUCAUAUGCAUGUGGCCCUUGUUAUGAUUAAACAGUCUGAGAAUUCUACCUCUGUCUCAAUACCGGCAGAUUUCUGCUGUCCUCUCUCACUUGAAUUAAUGAGGGACCCUGUAACUGUAGCAUCUGGACAGACAUAUGAGUGGGCCUGCAUUCGAAAAUGGAUUGAUCUUGGCCUCAGAGUUUGCCCUAACACACGACAAACUUUGGCACACACAAAUCUUAUUCCUAAUUGCUCUCUUAAGGCACAGAUUACAGAUUGGUGUGAAACAAACAGUGUAAAGCUACCCGUUCCAGUGAAGGCUUUGAGCUUGAACCGGCCCUCAUUUGUUGUACUGCAUGGAGAAUCUGGUGCACCCAUAGAUAAUCACAUAGUUUCAACUUCAUGGGACUGUAACUACGGAUCACCUGAAUCCCCUUGUUCCUCAAGGAAAGUAUCAAUAUCAUCCAGUGCAAUUCUAAGAGAGGCAGCAUCUCCAUCUCAAUCUUGUUUGUCUUCAGAGGAAUCUUUUUGUGGAGCUGCCAUUUAUGGACUGAGGUUGGAUGUUGAGACAGCGUCUCUUAAGAGUUCUGUAGAUGGCCUGCAAAAGUCAGAAGAUAGAAGUAUAAACUCAGUUAGCUACUAUUCUAUGCAGCUGUCUAUGAAUAGUGUGUCAUCAACUGUUGAAAGCUUCCUUCGGGGUCAUAGUCAAACUGCUUAUGCAACACCUGAUUCAAUUCGCUCUUUAGGUUCCCCUACAAGUUAUCCCUCAUCUUAUGCAUCUCAAAGAGAAACAUAUUCUCAAUCUCUUGUCUGCUCAUCUUCAGAUGCAUCUUUGUCCAGAGUUGGUAGUUAUGGGUUGGGAGUGGAUGUUGAGAUGGUGUCUCUUAAUGGUUCUGAAGACUGGAUGGCGUACUCAAGUUAUGGAAGUAUGAACUCAAUUAACUAUUCUAUGUGGCUAUCCAUGAACAAUGCGCCAUCAGUUGAUGGAGGCAGCCAUCUCAGCCAUAACCGAACUACUUCUGCAUCCAGCACAAUGUCAAAUUUAAAAUUGUCUCGUGUGACUAGUGGUGUUGCAUCAGGAUCUUACGCCGCUUCUACCUUGAGUACUUCAAGGGGAGAGUUUGGGUUCCCAUCCCCACUCAAAGAAAGACCUUGUCCUCCCUCUCUCUGGCACAGGCUAUUUGAGAGGUUUAAUCCAAGAAUAGUUUCUUCCACUGUCCCUGAAACAAUGGCUGGUCUUUCAGAAGUUGAGAAGGAAGUUAGAAAGCUUGUUGUGGACUUGAAGAUGACUUCAAUUGAUCUGCGGAGAAAUGCAGCAGCUGAACUCCAGUUACAAGCCAAGCAUAGCAUGGAGAACCAGAUUAUGCUUAGGUUAACUGGUGCUUCAAACCUACUGCAUAAAGUGCAGGAAAAUGCUGUCUCCGCACUUCUCAAACUAUCAAAUAAUGACAACAACAAGUACACGAUUGUGAGUGCUGGUGCAGUUGAGCCACUGAUUGAUGUUCUUGAGACAGGGAGCCGCGUGGCUAAAAAAAACUCUGCUGCCACACUUUUUACCCUAUCAGUUAUCGAGGAAAAUAAGAUCAAGAUUGGGAGAUCUGGGGUAAUAAAAGCUCUAGUUAAUUUCCUUGGAAAUGGAACUCUUAGGGGCAAGAAAAACGCAGCAAAAGCUUUGUUUAACUUAUCAAUACUUCAUAAGAACAAGGCUCGCAUGGUGCAGGCUGGUGCAGUAAAGCACCUCAUAAAGUUGAUGCAACCUGCUGACAGGAUGGUUGAUAAAGCGGUUGCUGUUUUGUCUAAUCUUGCUACCAUUCAUGAUGGAAGAAUAUCAAUUGAUCAGGAAGGAGGGAUCCGAGUUCUGGUGAAUGUUGUCAAAAUUGGAUCUGCAAGAAGUAAGGAGUAUGCAGCUGCUGCUCUCAAUCAAUUAUGCUUCAACACUACCAGUCUAUCAAUUGGCAUGGAUAGCAAGGUCAAGAUUGCCAAGCUUGGGGCAAUAAAGCCACUUGUAGAUUUACUGAAAAAUGGAACUCCUAGAGGCAAGAAAGAUGCAGCAUCAGCUUUGUUUAGCUUGUCGUUAAUCGAUGAAAACAAAGCUCAAAUCCUACAUGCAGGUGCUGUAAAGUACCUUAUAGAGCUGUUAGACCCUGCUCUUUGGAUGGUUGAUGAUGCAGUUGCUUCUCUGUACAAUCUUGCUACCAUUCAUAAAGGAAGAACUGCAAUUGUUGAGGAAGGAGGGAUCCCCGUUGUGGUUGAAGUUGUUAACAGCGGAACAGCAAGAGGUAAGGAGAGCGCGGCUGCUACUCUCCUGCUACUAUGCACCAACAGUAAUAGCCUCCGCAAUAUAAUUCUCCAUGAAGGAGCUAUCCCUUCAUUAGAAGCACUGUUGCAGUCUGGCAACACCAGAGCAAGAGAAAAGGCUGAGGCAGUUCUUAGUUACCUCAGACAAGAUAAUGAGGGCAAAUUUUAAUGUGGACCAUGGUCCAUGUAAUAAUGUGGUUCAUGAAAUAA